AAAAAAGCCAGCAAGUACACUGCGGAAAGGGAUGCUCCCAGGACAUUAGAGCUUCGCGCGAGCAUAAUUAAAAAAUGGCGAGCGGCUGAUGUAAAUUUCAUGACGAAUUGUGUUUUCGUGGACGAAGCCGUGUUUAAUUCCCAAAUGGUUAGAUGUCGAGCGUGGUCGGAAGUAAAUGAGCCUGCAAGUGUCAAAAUGAAAACACAGCGAGGGAUAAAUGUCAACAUUAUCUGUCGUAUAUGGCCAGAGGGAUACAUAAAUUUCACAAAGGUCAACCCUUUGAAGGCAGACGACCUAGAAAUUCUCUAG